GGCCCGCGGGGGGGCUGGGGAGCCUCCGGGCCCGGCCCGCUGACACGGCUGGGGCUCCGGCCGCCGCCACAGGGGCCGGGCCGCCGCGUGACUGGCGCGGUCACGCUGUGCUUAAUCACAAUUAGCUCGUGCUCCGGGCCGGCCGGCCGCGCUCCCGUGUCUCCCAGCCGGUGACCCCGGGGAUUUCUCUUAGGGUGGCUUUCUCUGAAAUGCCAAAACCACCCGAUUAUUCAGAACUGAGUGACUCUUUAACGCUUGCCGUGGGGACAGGAAGAUUUUCGGGACCACUGCACAGAGCAUGGAGAAUGAUGAACUUCCGCCAGAGGAUGGGAUGGAUUGGAGUGGGAUUGUAUUUGUUAGCAAGCGCAGGAGCGUUUUACUAUGUUUUUGAAAUCAAUGAGACUUACAACAGGCUGGCCUUGGAACACAUUCAGCAGCACCCGGAGGAGCCCCUUGAAGGAACCACAUGGACACACUCCUUGAAAGCUCGCUUACUCUCCCUGCCUUUUUGGUUUUGGACAGUUAUUUUUCUGAUACCUUACUUACAAAUGUUUUUGUUCCUUUAUUCUUGUACGAGAGCUGACCCCAAAACAGUGGGCUACUGUAUUAUCCCCAUAUGCUUGGCAGUUAUUUGCAAUCGCCACCAGGCAUUUGUCAAGGCUUCUAAUCAGAUCAGCAGACUACAACUGAUUGACACGUAAAAUCAGUCACCAUUUUUUCAUUACAGUUAAAAAACUGCCAGUACCAUAUGGAGCCCGAUCACAAGACUGCAGUUUCUUUGCAGACCUCAGGAAGUUGUGGUGGGACAGCGGCUUUCUAAAAAGUGUGACUAGGGGGCUGUCUUUAUCUGAAUAAUAAUGAAUUUUUAAGUGAAGCCCGAGAUACAGUACUACAAAAUCAUGUUGAUGACUUCAGAUUUUGGAAGUAAAAUCGUGUCUGUUAUUUGCAUUCUUUAGAAACUUGAAUAAGUACCUGAACUCCUAUUUUUAUUCUACUGUGCAACAUAGUGAUGAUUCAGAAAUUUUUCCUAUGGGGAAAAAUGAAUAUGAACAUUUCCAUUGUGCUUAAUGUAAAAAGGUCCAAACAUGGUCAUAAAAUUUAAAUUUUAUACAAUUACUUGGCUUGCUUUAAAAUUCUUCAGGCUAAAACACCACUUCAACCUGUUGUAACUAGGCCAACUAUUUAUGCUUGCUUACUGUCAGUUUGUGAGAAAUUGGUAUAAAAUUAUUGAGGUGAUGGCUGUCUUGAUAAGCAAAGUUUGUGCUUCCUACUGGCACUAUCAGCAUUAUUAAUGCUACUAGUUUGAUUACUUGGGAAGAAAGUAAAUGUUUUUAAGUUGAGAAAUCUUACACGGAGAAGAUGGAAACGAGGUAUUCAGUUAAAAUAUUUAGUCUGGUCCUUGUCAGAUGUGUGACACUCCUCUAAAAUAUUACCAAGUCAUCAUCCUUCUGAUUUUCUUUUCUGGCCUAAGGUCGUCUUCCGGUCUUCAGGCAACAGGUUAAUUGCAUAAAGAUGUGAUCAUUGUACUUCUUCCUUUGCUUCUGUACUUACUACCUCAUGUCUGGUACCAAUACAAUUAACUAAAACAUGGAAAUACCAGAUUUUAGGAUUUUUUUUUUUUCUGGGUGAGAUCAAGAUGUAUUUUUUAUACAGUUAAUGUCAUUAACACCAAGGAAAUGUUUUACACUGAUGGAUUUUAAUAAUAAUCAUAACCUUUUUCGGUGCUUAUUCUUUCGGGUCCUGUUCUAAGAGGUUUACAUGAAUGAACUCCUUUAAUCCUCUCAACAACCCUAAGAAACAAUUAUUAUCCAGAUUUUAUAGAUAAGGACACUGAGGUAGAGAAGUUAAGUAACUUGCCUGUUAAGGUCACACACCUGGUGAGCAGCAGAGCCAGAGGUAUGACCAGCCAUCUGAUGCCUUUGUUCCUAACCACUGAGCUGUAGUGCUUCUCACAAAUGACAUAUUUCAGGAUACUGUCUGCCUAGCCAUGCCAAAGAAUGGAAAUGGCAUUACUUAAAGGUUUUUCUCAAUUCAUAGGAGCUAUUGAAAAUUGAAGUGUUUUAACAACCUCAGCAUUUAAGUGUGAUUUGACUAGAAUGGAAGGUUGAACAUUUCACAGCAAGCUUUACUCGAAAGAUGGAGCAGGUACCUUUGUAACUCAAAAGCAGCAAGAUCAGGUCCUUCUCCAGGUAAUCAAUCUCACUUUCCCUUCACUUCUUCCAGAGGGCUAGAGACUGAAAUGAUCUAUCUUUUGCUACAAUACACUGAAUCUCCAAAGUAGGCAGCAGUUUGAAAUACCGUUUCUGUGAGGGUCAGAUAACCAAAUCACUUGCAUCUUUUGAGUACUUAACUAGUAGUAUGCACUGUGUUCUAAGUGAUUUACAUUUUUCAAAACAGGCCUGUGGGGAGGUUUGUGCUGCUGCUAGUGCCAUUUUACAGAAGAGGAAGCACAGGAAUUAGUAGCUUGCCUGUAGUCACACAACAGGGAUAUGGAAGAGCCAGGAUUUGAACCCAUGUCUGGCUUCAGAUCUCUAGCUCUAUCACUCCAUUAUACUGCUUCUCAGGAAAAAAAAAAAAAAAAAAGGAUAAUUUGAGGAAAAUCACUGAGCAGUUUUCUUGCUUGAUUUGAUUACUCUUGAGGCAGUGGUAUUUUAAAAAUGAUUUAAGAGAAUUAUUUCAGUUUUUUCGUUUCAUAAAUGCUUGAUAUAAUGCAAGGUUGUUGAGUUUGUCAUUUGUCUUAUAAAGUAGUAAUUCCUUUUUAUUGAAGUGGACUUUUAUACUUCAAAUUCUAGCAUUUUGAGAUUUGCUAAGUAAGUGCUUGGUCCAUUUCUAGUUUUCAAGACCAGACUGCUUUGGUAGUAAAAAUAUUAAAAUAGGGGCUUCUGGGUGGCUCAGUCAGUUAAGCAUCUGCUUUGGCUCAGGUCAUGAUCCCAGGGUCCAGGGAUGAAGCAGGCAGAGCAGGGAGCCUGCUUCUCACUCUCUACCACUUGUGUUCUCUUUCUCAAAUAAAUAUAUAUAUAUAUUUUUUAUGAUAGUCUCACACACACACACACACAGAGGCAGAGACACAGGGCAGAGGGAGAAGCAGGCUCCAUGCACCGGGAGCCCGAUGUGGGAUUCGAUCCGGGUCUCCAGGAUCGCGCCCUGGGCCAAAGGCAGGCGCUAAACCGCUGCGCCACCCAGGGAUCCCAUAAAUAAAUUCUUUAAAAAAGAAGUAGAGUGGGAGUAAUUCAGCAUUUCCAAAUAAAAUUAUUAGGUUUCAGAUUGCAGGGUUAAUCUAGCUCUGUUAGAAUGAGGGGAGAUUAAGCUGGUGGAGAGGAGACCCGUGUAUUAUGUCAGAUUAUUUAUUUCAAAUGCACAUCAUAGUACAAUAAGCAGUGAGUACAGGAUUAGAUAAAUGGCAAAUACAGGAAAUUCUUCAGGGAUUUCAGGGAAAGGACAAGCAUCCUAGUACCCAUACUAGUCAAUAAUAUCUGCUUCUAGAAAUGAGAAAAAUAAUCACGUACCCUAGUUGCUUAAUAAGUCACCUUACUUGCAACCACAUCUGAAAUAAAGCCUGUUGUGUUUUUCAUGGAAAAUGCCCAGGAUUGAGUCCUGCAUUAGGCUCCCUGUGGGGAGGCUGCCUCUCCCUCUGCCUAUGUCUCUGUCUCUCUGUGUCUCUCAUGAAUAAAUAAAUGAAAUCUUAAAAAAAAAAAUGCGAGGAUAGAGAAUAGGCAACUAAAUUGGAGAAACAUCUAAUUCAUGGAGUCACAAUGUAACUUCUAGUUUUAAAGAUGCCACCGUUUUUUUAAAAAUUUUUUUUGGGGAGUGGCACAGGAGAGGGAGAGACCUCAAGCUGAUGCCACAAUGAGCCCAACAUGGGGCCUGAUCUCAUGACCCUGAGAUCAUGACCUGAGCCAAAAUCAAGAGUUGGACAUUUAACCGACUGGUAGCAUCUAAGGGUGCCACCUUAAGGUGGCCUGGGUAGCACCCUUAGAUGCUACCAGAUUUAAAGUAAAAAAAUAAGAUUUCCUAAGUUUAGAAUUUUUGAUUCUAUUUCAAAGCUUUUAUAAUUAAUAAACUUUUCUUUGGGGAAUCAUCAGAUAAAGCACUCCUAUGAGAGUAAUUGCACACAUACAAUAAUCAAACUGGUAUGUCUGUUCACAAUGGGAAGUGUUAUAGUCUUUAUUAUCUAGUGUUGAUUUCCUUCUUGAUGGACUUAAUAAUCUCAAUCUCCAAAACACUGUUAGAAAGCUUACUACGAUACCGCAUGAUUCACUUUUGGAUCAAGCAUGUGCCAUCACUUUAUAAAUUCUCCAACAUAUUUGUAAAGUUCCAUCAAGUUCUGGACCAUGAUUGGGAAUCCUGCAUUAGUAUUUUUAUUUUGGUCUAAGACAGUGCAUAGGUCUUGAACUAGAGCUGUAUCAUAGAAUCAUCCAAAUGAAAAACAAAGCAAAACUCCUCACAUAAUGCCAAGGUCCCUUCCCAAUUUUAUCAAUCUCUGGGAGGGGAGAAGAGGCCAAUUGUGUUUUUAGAGCUCUUCACAUGAUUGCUUUGGAAUCAUUGGUUGAGAAUCACUGGGCCAUGGAUUUUUAUGUACCAUAAAGAUUGAACUGUU